AUGGUAGAUAAUUACAGUUUCUACGCUAAUGAAUCAACGGUGGAGAAAGAAAAUCGUGUUGAAUGGCAUAGUCUACAAAUAUUACAUGAUCAAUUAAUUCAAUCAAAUAAUGAAAGCCCAAAAAGUAGAUCUAUAAAAAGGCAAGCUACAUCACAAACUCAACACGACAGUGACAAUGAAGAAUCUAUUUUAUUAGUCGAUAAAGAAAAUAAUAUAUGUACUUCAGUGAAGAAAAAUCAAAAUUAUCAAAAACGUAAAGUUCAACGAGGUGAGGAACAACGUAUUAAUAACGUUGAUCAAAUCGAUGAGUCAUGCAACAAUGAUAAACUCCGGAAAACAAACAAUUAUCGAAUCUAUUCGAGAAGAACGAAAACAAAAGAACGUGCUGAUGACUCAUCUCAUCAUGUGAAUAAAUAUUCAAACAAUUAUGAAAUAAAUCAAAAUAAAAAAAUAAAUAUGCCUAACUAUCCUGUUAAUGAUCACUCAAUAUCUUAUGCUACUGAUCUUCAUCUUACACCAUUGAGAAUAAAAUGCAAUCCGACUUUAUCUGAUAAAAAUACUGCUUUAAAGUUCGUACAAGAAUUUUUUAAAAGAAUAGAAAAUUCCUUCAGAAAGAAACACAUUGAUCAUAGAAAAACACUUGGCUUUGAUUAUUGGUGGAUAAACAAUGAUGGUGAUCUUGUAGGAAUCACCAAAGAUUUAUCAUUGUACGUUUAUUUAUGUGAUAUAAGACAUUACCCUGAAUAUAUUGAUUCAAUUAAACUUAAUCCUAUAUUGCCUAUUCAUUUACCACCACAGCAUGUAAUAGUGAUAAAGUUUGUACCAAAUAAUUAUUCUUUUGUUGAUAUUGAAGAAGAUCUUAAAAACCGUUAUUCAUCUGUCUAUCAUAUCGAAGAAAUGAACGGUACCAGAAGAAUGCAUAGUAGACAUAUUAGAAUGGAUGUAUAUGAUAAAAAUGAAUAUAACAAUAUUUUAAAUAGUGGAACAAUUACAUUAGGUGGUAUGUUGUGUGAGGUUGAUGAAUAUUUACCGCAUCUAAAAUUUUGUUAUGUACCAAAUGCAAUUCUCUUGGACGUGCAAAAAAAGUUAUGUAAAUUAGAUUAUGAAAGAUGCAGAAGAUGUGGAAAUGAUCGAAAUCAUGGUGAUCAUAAACAAUGCAAUGUUUUAUGUCACCAUUGUGGAGGUGAUCAUCAAGCAAAUGAUUAUAAAUGUCCAAUUUUACUGAAUUUUCGUCGGAAUCUCAUUGAAAAAUUAAGAGAAAAUCCCGACAAACUACCUCCUCAUAUACAAAUGUUCAUUCCUUUUGAUUCUAGACUUAGAAAAACAGAAAAAAUUCUAUUUAAUCAGAAUGUAAAUGAAUAUAACAAAAAAUCUGCUCAACAAUUUAUUUAUUCUAAUUCACUUCAUGAAUGGCCAAUUCUUGAAAAACCAUUAAAUAAUUGUAAUUAUGAUAAACAUUUGAUUAAUUUACAAAACGAACUUGAAGUUCAUAAACUUAAGUAUCAACUUGAAAUUGAAAAAAUCAACAAUAAAAUACAGCAAUCUUCAACAAAUAAUCAAAAGUCAUGCGUAAUUAUGCAAACACAAAUUAAUGCACAAAAAGAAAUAAUUGAUUCAACAUCAUCAAUUGUAAAUGAUUUAACACUAAAUAUAAAUAAAAACAUUAUUAACAUUAUAAAUAAUUUGGUUCAACUACUCAAUGAUCUUACACCACAUGAUCAAACAAAGAACAAUUUGAGUAAGUUAAAAAACGAUUUAAAAAUACAGGGUGGCCCAUAA